AUGGCGGACUUGCCGACAAAUGCAGAUAUAUUGCGAGAUUAUUUUGAUUCAGAUGACGAUUCCAGCGAGUUUGAAGGUUUUCGGAUGUAUUUAGCAGUGAUGAAGAUGACCAUGAAUCAAGCGAAUCUGAGACAGAAAAUGAAUGACAGAGCCAGUGAACCAGCCAUGGGUGCCCGGAACUUUGACAAACUCUAUAAAGUUCGUGAAGUUUUGACAAUGGCCCAUGGGAAUUUCAAAAACAACUAUAGACCACACCAAAAUAUGGCCAUUGAUGAAGCGAUGAUCAAGCGGACUGGCAGGCUAUCAUACAAACAGUACUUGCCUGCCAAACCAAUCAAACGUGGCAUCAAAUAUCAUGUUUACUUUGAUAAUUACUUCACCAGUGUGAAACUCAUGGAAGACCUCCUAGCCCAGAAAAUUUACCCUUGUGGGACAGUACGGACGAAUCGUCGAGGUUUUCCAAAUGACCUGAAAGGCCGCUUACGCAUGCAGAGAGGCGAAUCAAAAAUCCGUCAAAAAGGGAAUCUGACAGCCUCUGUGUGGCAGGAUAAAAAGCCAGUUGCGUUUCUAAGUACCCUCAGUUAUCCACGUCUACAAGUGCCAAUGACAAGACAAAAUGGAAGGCAAGUCUUGCAAUUGACCCAACCUCAUGCUGCAAAUGAGUAUAACAAAUAUAUGAACGGUGUGGACAGACACGACCAGCUUACGAUGAAAUAUCCUUUGGAAAGAGACAGCAAAAAAGCUUGGAAGUAUAUAUUUCAUUUCAUGAUGAACUGUGCAAUUGUAAACGCAUUUAUCAUGUUUACAAGCUCAUCCCAAAGGAGAAAUUCACAAAAAAGAUUCACUCAUGUGGAUUUUAGGAUGGAAUUGGCACACCAUCUGAUAGCUAGCUUUGUGGAAGAAAAAGGAAAUCUACACAAGGUGCAGAUGCUGUUGUUGACCCUCAAAACUUUGCUGGACAUGAAUCUACCCACAUGGGUUCAAAACGUAGGUGCCAUGUUCACACCAGCAGAAAGGAAAGAAAAGAAACUGUUUAUGGGUGCAAAGUAUGUAAUGUACAUUUGUGUAAAGAUGGAUGCCACUUUACAUACCAUAAUUGACAAUGAAAAUGAAAAGACUUGGAUUAAAUUUGAUUUUGUAUGGCAUUUAAAUAUGAAAUAUAUCUGUGUUUUUCAAAUGUGUUGACAAAUUUACAUUAAAGUAUCUCUGUGUGUAAUUUGAAAAAUGGACUUUUAAUAACAUCAAUUUGAAGGUGAGGUUAUUCUGAAAAAGAAAAUAUAUAGUUUACUAUACAUUUAUCAAAUAAUUAUGAAUAUAUAG